AUGCCAUACGAUACAAACCCAGAAGACACCAGGGCUCCCGUGUCAAGGCCCACUCUGUGUCGGCACGAGUCGAUGCAAAAGUAUAUGCUUCUCUCCGCCCAGAAGGAAGCCCUCCAACGCCGCAUAGCCAUGGAGAUUCCCUUUAGCGCACCCAUGGCGCCCAGCUCUCCCGAAUUCCAGUCCCUCUCAUCAUCACCCACGUCUCCAAAGUCGUCCUCGCCGUAUCCAUCGGCGAGCGACCCAAUCCCCGUCAGCUCCAGGACCAGCGGGACCCCGCGCAACAGCAUGGACGAUAUGCACACGGAAGAGUCGCACAAGCUUGCCGAGAUCAACCAGCAAAUCGUCGCUACGCUUACCGAGCUCAUGAACACGGAUUGCAUUCGCAACGACGAAAAGCAGCGUGCCUGGAUCCAGGAGCGCCUCAUGGAGGCUGAACACCAAAUACGCCGCGAGCGCCGCCGCCAUUCGUCUAAUGCGAGCAGUGACUUUGCGUCGGCCAUUGCGCAGCACCUCGAGCUUGGACUCCACACAUCCAAGACGUGGGCCUAG